AUGCUCGGGUUGUUUAUACAAGGGGUUCACCAACUAUUUUGUUCCAAGGACCAAUAUUUAUAAUAUUUUUGGGGGUUUGGAAGUCAUUUUUAGAUGCCUUACUAUUUAAACAAAGGAUGUGGCUGUUUUUCAAAAUAUGUAUGUAAUAUGUAAUAUAUAUCAUAUUCACAACAAUUAAAGCAAGAACUUUGAAAACUUGAUUCUAAGGCUCCCUUGAACAAUGCAAUAAUAUAAAAACUGAAAGAAAAGCACUUAGAGAAAAACACAAAAAGUCAACCGAGACUUCAUAAUAUAGUAGUGCAAAGACACAUUGCAUUUACAGUUCUUACACUCCCAUAUUGAUCGAUUUUAUGUUUAUGUAUUGGAGGAAAUAACAUGACUCGUGUCGCCGAACUUAUGCUUUUUAUUUUUUGAAUAAUCGAUUUGUGACAUUUAUCCCUAAAUCCUUUUCGGGAAACAUUUCAAGGCCCAGUACUAACGGGUCCACGUACCGGGGUUGUGGAUUGCUUGUUAAAAAACCCAAAUUUUAUAUACUAUCUAUAGUUAAAUUAAAUCAUAUUUGAAAUAAGUAAAAAACUACUCUCGGUGUGGUUCUUGAGUCAACAGAACCACCGCAACCACUUCUUGAGCAAGGCACACACAGAGGGUACCAUGCUGUGAAUAAUAGCACACACACACCCACGCACACGCACUCAUUUAAUGCGGAGGUGCCAUCGCUAUCCGGUUCAUAGUUAAAUAGUUUUGAUAGAUGUUGCUAAUGCGGUGGUUGUGGAAAGUCACAAACACAAUUUGAAUGGUUUAUGUCAUGGUUAUAACGCAUCGACAUGUGCGCAGAUGUUUGUAGAUGUAUGAACGUUAAAGGAGAGAGGCUAACUGAGUUGACCCGGCGGGUAGUGAUGUAUAUACGCUGUGAACGUCCCAAAAGCGCUGGGUAAAUUACAAACGGCUUUUCAACAAUUAUCCUCUUGAUGAUUUAAAGGGAGAAUUGGAAAAAAAAUAUCGAUUUUGGAUGUGUGGUUAUUUCCGUUCACCCCUGUGAUGGUAUCGUCCAAAGUAUAUAAAUACUCGGUCGGCUCCCGUGCCCUCCUGUGCAGCUCUCGGUUGCUAAGGAAACACGGAAUGCAGCCCACCCAGUUGGACCUGAAGAUGACCACAGUGUAAGGGGGUAGUUGGUCAGGGUGGCUGUUUGAGGUGCAGAGGGGACGCCGCAAACCACGCCAGGUUUCUGACAGACAAAACCCCCGAUACCUCCACUCGCCCCCCCCCCCCAAUCAUCUUCAUGACUUCCCUUUAGUCUGGGCUACAGCAAUGGUGACGCUUAUUACAGAGCAGCUACACAAGCAGAGUUUGGAGGAUCCUUAUCAGAAGGCAUUCUCCUUCAAUGUCAACGUGCCGUUGCCUGUGGUUGGUUCUAGUCCGACAGUGUCUUUGAGCACGUAUGGAUCCACACCAGAGAGCAGUUUGGCCGCCUACCCGUCAUGCAAGACCCAUCUCCUAACCGCAUCCUCUGCCCUGCGGCUCCCCGUCCCAGUGGGUGAGCCUCUGUAUCAAACUCAAAUCCCCAGCGCCUCCGUCACCAACCUGUCCUUCCCCGGUUCCCCCCCGCCGCCACCGAAGCGCCACUGCCGCUCGCUCUCCGUCCCAGAAGACCUGUCUUGUUGUCGUUCCACAUGGCGCCCCAGCGCCUCCCGGGUCUGGACCCCGGUCAGGCAUCGCUGCCAGAGCGGCAGCAUGGCCAGUCUGGUGUCCGCCGCCAGCAGCUCCCUGCCCCUCUGCGGCCGCAGCUCCUCGGUCACCACCUCCUCCCUGCACUCGUCCUGCAGCCCCAUGUUUGUGAGCCUGGCGUUGAAUCCGGACCCCCCGACACCUUGGAGCUUCCCCUGGGACCCCUGUGACACACUGAGGGGUGCCUGCUCCACCUUCCUCCCUGCACCGUCGUCCUGCUCCUCCUCGCCCGCUCCGCCGGCGUCCUCGCGCUCGCUGCUCCAGCGGCGCUUCUCCCUGUCCCCCGUGCACACACAGGGCGCCUCCCUGCUGCUGCGGCUGCCCUGUGAGGCCUCCGGCCCCGCCGCCCCUUUAACCCACCGCCCCGCCACGGAGCAGCCAGCCCUCUCUCCAUCGCCCAGCUCGGCCUGCAGCACGCCCUCCUCCUCCAGGCGCGUCCCGCGCCCGGCCCUCCCACGAUGCCACUCCCAGCCUUGCGACAUGCGGAGGCCUUAUCUGAAGAGACGCCAUGACCCAGACAUCCUGCCCUGCUCCAGGCCGGGCCUCGACUUCAGCAAGAUGACUCAGAUUGGUACAGGGGAGUCCCUUGGCGCGGGGACUAAUGUCAGCAUGUUUGCGAGGCCUGCGCAGGGAGAGCGUCUCCCUGCCUUCUCCCCCGCAGAGCUCCUGGGACGGAGCAGCAUCGGCCCGCUGAGCGAGAGCGAAGAGGACAACAAUAAAAGAACAGGAUCCCUAAUGGAUGGCGGGAACUUCUUUGAGCGAGAUUGCACUGAACUGGACUUGAACCUAAUUGAGGAGAACUGAAUGGCGGAGGAGGAGAACUCCUCC